CCACCUCCGCCGCGUUUUGGAUUCAUCAUCAUGGCCACGAUCACGACUCCCAUCACCGAGAUGUUCGGUAUCAAGCACCCCAUCCUGCUUGCAGGUAUGAACGUUGCGGCAGGUCCGGAGUUGGCAGCUGCCGUGUCAAACGCGGGCGGUCUUGGCGUCAUUGGCGGUCUCGGAUACACUCCCAAAAUUCUCAGGCAGCAGAUCAAGGCCAUCAAGGAUGACCUUGUCGACAAGAGCCUUCCCUUCGGUGUCGAUCUACUUCUUCCCCAGGUCGGCGGCAACGCGCGUAAGACGAACUACGACUACACAAAGGGCCAGCUUCCCGACCUCCUUGACGUCAUCAUCGAGGAGAAGACUUCUCUCUUCGUCUGCGCCGUCGGCGUUCCUCCCAAAUGGGCUGUCGAGAAGCUCCACAAGGCGGGCAUCCCCGUGAUGAACAUGGUCGGCCACCCGAAGCACGUCGAGAAGGCGCUCGACGCCGGCUGCGACCUCAUCUGCGCGCAGGCCGGCGAGGGCGGAGGCCACACGGGCGACAUCCCCGCGACCAUCCUCAUCCCCGCCUGUGUCGACAUCGUCAAAGGCCGCAAGUCGCCGCUCACGGGCAAGCCCAUAUACGUCAUCGGGGCGGGCGCCGUGUACGACGGCCGCUCGCUCGCCGCGAACCUCUCCUGGGGCGCGCAGGCGGUCUGGGUCGGCACGCGCUUCGUCGCCAGUGAGGAGGCGGGCGCGCCGAAGGCCCACAAGGAGGCGCUUGUUGGCGCGGGAUACGAGGACGCUAUCACGACGCUCAUCUACACCGGGCGGCCGCUCCGGGUGCGGAGGACCCCGUACGUUGAUGACUGGCAUAACAACCGGCAAGAGGAGAUUAAGGAGCUCACGUCGAAGGGUAUCAUCCCUGUCGAGCACGACCUGAAGCAGCACCCUGAGAAGUCGCUGCAGGCCCGUGCAUGGCUCAUAGGCCGCGUCGCGUCGCUCAUCCACGAUGUCCUCCCGGCGAAGGUGAUCGUAGAGAACAUCGUGAACGACGCCGCAAAGAUCCUGCAGGAGAACGCGGCGAAGGUGUCGGUCAAGUCUAAGCUAUAGGCGGUAUUUAUUGGAUGUACUUCUGGACACACGGCGCACAGACUAUUGACGAUCCAUAUUUCAU